GGCCGCCCCGCCUCUUAUUCGGCGGCAGCUGCUGCUGCUGCUGUGGGGCCGGCGCCGUGGGCAGCCGCCAUGCCGCGCUCGCUGAAGGAGGAGACGGCGCUGCUGCUGGAGGAUUACUUCCAGCACCGCGCCGGCAGCGCCGCGCUGCCCUGCAGCCCCACGGCGGGCACGCUGCGGCGGGCGGCGGCCGAGCUGGAGCGGCAGGAGCGGCCCUUCUUCCGCUCCUGCGCGCCGCUGGCGCGGGCCGAGCCGCGGGAGGCGGCCGCGCUGCUGGCCAGGGUGGCGGCGCAGCUCGAGGCCGACGGCGGCCUCAACUGGGGCCGGCUGCUGGCGCUCGUGGUGUUCGCGGGCACGCUGGCGGCCGCGCUGGCCGAGCGGGGCUGCAGCGACGGGCCGCGCUGCCUGGCCGCUCACCUGGCCGCAUACCUGGCCGAGGAGCGCGGCGAGUGGCUGGAGGCGCACGGCGGAUGGGAUGGCUUCUGUCGGUUCUUUGGCAGGCUGGGCUCGGAGGCGGCCGAGCAGAGCAGCACCAUCGGCAACGCCAUCGUGGCAGCGGCGGCGGGCAUCGGCAUCGGCAUGGCGGGGCUGGCCUUCCUCCUGGUGCGGUAGGACACCGGCGCAUCCUGCCCAGGGAAAGUACUCUCAAAACUGACAGUUUACCAGAUUUCACUUUAUUUUCUAUAGAACAGACCCUCUAAGAAGAAGUCUAUAUUUUUAAACUGGCUCAGAAAACUGCCUCACCAAAUCCUUGGCUAUAAACUGCUUCACUCACUACCCAGUGACGGCACAGACAGAUGUGUACUAGAGCACUAUUUGUGCAUGUUCAAAACCUGUUAUCUCCAAACGUCCUCUGGACUUUCUUUUUUGAAGGUGUAAACCUAAACUUUAGCAUGGUUCAUGUACUGUAACUUCUGAGUGCUUGGUGUUAUGCUAGGAAAACGUUAUGGUGGGCUUGCUACUAAACCCUCUGUUCAAGAAGUCUCAUUUACCUGGAGGCAAGUUUGGAACCCGCCUUCAUUAAUGCUGUAAAGUGGGCAAACCUUGACUGUGAUCUAACGUGGUUUAUGGCUUCAAACGUGGUGCACAGCACUUGUAAUCAAAAGGCAACUCAUUUGUUCAUUUAGGGCAGUUGGUGCCUGUGAUGCUAGAAGCAUUAGGGCUUAGUGUAACAUAAGGCUGAAUUCAUUACACUACAAGAAGGUAAGUAUUGAUACAGGACAGUAAUGGCUGCAGAACUGGUUCCUACUGAAAGGAAAAGAAUUUAAAUAUUAAACCUUAAUUGGUAUAUUGAAAUCCAGUGAAGGCUGGAAUUUCUCUGGAUUUCCCUUACAAAGUGAGAAUUUCCAUAUAUCUUAAUAUAUUUUUGAAGUAUUUAUCACUGUAUAAUACUUGUAGCCAUGACAUCUUUAUUUUUGUUUAAAACUUAAUGCUGGUUCUCGUCACUCUAGCGUGUAUCAAGCGUUGUCUUGUUUUAGUAAUAUUUCACUCUGUUUUCAAAAUGCUGUGUAUUUCUUUCAAUGGUUGUACAAAUUGCCUUAUGUUUCUGGUAGCUUUUGAAUAAUGUUCCUGGGUUACUCACAACGUGUACAAUUUUACUAUGGUGACUUCAAAGGUGAAUAAAUGUUGAGUAUUUUUAUUUUAAAAAA